UUGACGUCGAUGUUGGAUAGAGUUUUGUUUUUGUGCACGAGGUCAAGACUAUUUCGUUUGUUAUUUUGUUAUUGUUUUGUUUCGCCUGUUUGAUGCAAUUUGAAUAAUUCGAAGAACGUCAAAAGGCUUUUAAAUUUUAUAUCGGUCGUGUCCGAAGUAUGGAAGGACUUCGAAUGGCCAUACAAACCAGGCUUGGAGAGAGGAUGGUCAGCAUGAAUUCAACCCUGGUGGAGACAGUCAGUAUAAAUUAUGAAGAUUUUAAUGAGAGCUUUCUGACUUGCGGAACAUGUCUAUAUAGCGUUUGGAGCGGCAUGUACGACGGGCAGGAGCACACUCCGAAGCUGCUGCAAUGCUCGCACACCGUCUGCCUGCACUGCCUGACGCGGAUCGCCGCCUCGCAGACCCGCGACACCGGCUCGUUCCGCUGUCCCAUAUGCAGGGAAUUGAUCACCAUCCCCCGCGGCGGCGUCUCGGCGCUGCCGCCCUCCUUCCUGGUCAACCAGCUGCUGGACCUGAUGUCCCGCCAGAGGCGCGAGGUCAUACCCAAGUGCUCGGUGCACAUCAACCAGGAGCUGCUCUUCUGCGAGACGUGCGACACGGUUUUUUGCACGCUGUGCACCGGAGGCUCGCACAACGAUUCGGCGAACAGCUGCGAGCACACGAUCAUACCGUUUUCCAUUGCGAUCAAACGGAUGAGCGAGAUUUUGCUCUAUAAGGCCAACGAGUGUAUUUCAAAGUUGACACAGGCUCAGGAGGGCGUAAGUGGCGAACUGCAAAAACUAGAUGCCGCCAAAGACGCUUGCCUGGAACAGAUUAACUCGACAUUCCAGCAGAUUCAAAACGAUCUCGACAAAAGAAAACAAGAAUUAAUAGAUGAGGUCAACAAAAUGUGCACCGAAAAGAAAAAAGUUCUCGAAGAGCAGCAUUUAUUGAUAGAAAAUGAAAAAAAUAAGGUGGAGCAAGAGUGUCAAGGCCUGCAAUACCAGGUGGAAGUGCGCAACAUAACUCAAAGAAUCGAAAUACUCACCGAACGCCUGGACGCCGCUUCCGGUCUGGGCGAGCCGCGCGAAAACUCCUUCUUGACGUGCGACUUCCGGCAAAACGACUGCAUCGAGCAAAUCGAGAGCCACCUGCACAACUUGGGCAGGGUGCGCACGAGCACCACCUUCCCGAGCCUGUGCUCGGCCACGCUGGAGUGCGACGUCAUCUCGGGCAUCGAGGCUUUCAUCACGCUUAAAACGGUCGAUUACCACGGCAAUCCGCAGAAGAACGGCGGCGAUCCCAUCAAGGCGGACAUGGCGCUGGUCAGCGCGGACGUGGUCGGCGCCACCGGCAGCGUGCCGUUGAGGAUAGUCGACGGCGAGGAUGGCACGUACAAGAUAUGCUUUAGGGCUCCAAGAGCUGGCCGAUACGGCGUGAACCUGGCCGUCAUAGAUCGGCCGAUAAAAGACACCCCUCUCUACUUCGACGUCACCGAUCACAACAAUCCGAUCUGCGUGUACGGCGGAAGGGGAAGCGGAAAGGACGAGUUCAUGCAGCCCGUCGCAGUGGCUGUGGACGAAAAGGACAACAGCGUCUAUGUGCUGGACACAGGCAAUUCGAGAAUCAAAGUGUUGAACGAGGACAUGGAGUUUGUUAAGCACAUCACUAAUGAUGGACUGUUGGGAAGGAGCUGUACAGGUAUUGCGAUUUCCAAUGACGGUUUGGUGGUGGUGAAUUGGCGCACGAAAUUCAUAACGGAGAUGACCACCGACGGCGAAACUUUGAAGUCUUUCACGUACAACGCGUUUCAGGAACCGAUCGAUUUGGCGGUCGACAAAAGUUACGGUCACGUUCUGGUGGCCGAUAACGGAAUGAGUUGCGUGUUCGUAUUCGAUGCAGAAGGAAAAAUACUGUUUAAGGUUGGUAAGAAGGGUACCUUUAACCUCAUCUCUUCAGUGACGGUUGGUCCUCUUGGUGAGAUAGUCGUUGCUGAUUCUAGGAUUCAAGUUUUUUCUGCAAAAGGUGAUUUUAUGGAAGUUUUGUAUGAUGAAGGAAAAGGUAAAGGACGUUAUGGAGGCAUCGUAGUGGAUUCGGAUAGCAAAAUCCUGGCGAGCAGGACCGAACAAAAAGGCAAGGCGUACGUUCAGCUGCUGUCGUUGACCGACAACAACCUGAACAACGCCAUCGACUCGAACGAGAACAAGCUGAAAAGGGCAAGCGGCGUUGCCGUCACCAACGACAAUCACGUCAUCGUUGUAGAUCUGGGCAAUAAUUGCGUCAAGAAGUAUCUGUAUUGGUAAUCGGUUUCUCUAUAUGCACCACUUCUAUAAUAAUAAUUAUUAUUAUAUGAGUAUUUGAUCUCUGUUCCAGAGAAUUACAAGCAAUCCACUGUUAACACUACGAUACAUAUAAUGUUACAUAUUUACAACAUUGUAGAAUUGUGCAGCAGCUUUAAUUCUCGUUUUUAUGCCUUAAUAAAUGAGAAAAAUGUUAUUUCUGCAUUCAUUUUUCAUGCACCUCAUAUAUAUAUUUAUUAUUUAUUUACAAUAAGCGAAUUGAUUACAAUUUUUAAAGCCGUGGAUGUAUUUGAGAAACUAUUUUAGGGGCAUUUUAUAACAAUGUUUUUUUUUAUUUUAUUUUGUACAAAUUGAUAUAUAUUUAAUUUUAACGGUUAUUUAAUACAUCCAUGCACCUUAAAUGGCAUUGAAGUAAACUUAUGCGAUUUUUUCCACGCUUCCUGCCAUAUAUUUUAAUAAAUUUCCUUUUUGUUAAGUACUUAAUUUUUAUGUCUAAAACAUAAUUUUGUAGCAUAUUUUUUUGUACAAAGGAUAUACUUUUCUAGUCAUUAGUCUGUAUUUUUAUACGUGUACAAUUUUGUACAUAAUAAAACGUUA